CAGUCAGUCAGUCAUUGAGUAAGUCUGUUGUGAAUGUGUGUCGGUGUUAAUGUGGCCGUCCUUUGGACUUUAAUGAUGCGUGUGUGUCGGCGUUUGGAUGUCCCCCUGUCGAACAGCAAGCCAGCAGCUCCCGGAGCGUGAGGAAGGCAAACAGGGGUGGGGAAGAGGAAAUAGUUGAAGCAACAGAGAGAGAGAGAGAAACAAAGAGAGGAAAAGCAACAGCUCACUUUUGUUUUUUGUUCUGAUUGCCAUGCUGUUGGUUUAGCGCGGAGAUGGCGGAUAGUGCGGGGCAGCAGCAGUCCGGAGGAACGGCAGCGGGAGCUGAAUCGGGAGCGGAGCCAGCGCGGCACUCCCGCCGGUUGCGGGACCCUCACCCCCGGGCCACUUGCUGAACCUUUCUCCCUGUCUGCAACGCCGCUUCGGAUCUCCUGCCCACAAGGGGCUGCAGAGAGGGUAUCCGCUGAAGCCGACUCGCUUUCCUUACUGGGAUCUUUCUGUUCCUCAUCUCUCUCUCUCACACACACAAUCCGGUGCUUUGGUUUUAAAUUCUUUUAUUUGUGGAGAAUAUCAGCAGAACAAGCGGUGGAUUCGAGAGAAACACUGGGAAUCUCUUUCUUUGCUGGGGGAGGAGGGGAGGGGAGGGGAAGGACCCAGGAGCGGAAGAAAGUGGCUCAGAAGUUUGCUGGCGAGCGAUUUGAGAAGCGCCUGCCUUUCCCCUCUCUCCUCCUGGUCACCCCCAUGGGGGCAAAGCAGAGCAGCCCGGCUCCGAGCGGUCGCACCCGGGCUUACUCGGGCUCCGACCUGCCCUCGCACACGAGCAGCAGCAGCAGCAACGGGAGCAGCCGCUCGGUCGGAGGAGCGGGAGCCGCAGCCGCUUCUACCUCAGGCCAGAGCUCCGGGCUGGCCGCUACCUCGGGCGGUAGGAGCGCCGCCGCCGCCGCCGCCGCUCUCAGCCCCAGCGGCCGCUUGCACUUGGUCUCCCCGCCGCCUCCUCCUCCUGCUCCUCUGGUCCCACCUCCCGCUGCCGGUGGCUUCAGGUCAGCGGCCGCCGCCACCAGCGGCAGGAACCAGUCCGUCAGCAUCCCCAACAGCGGCGGGACGUGCAGCUCGCAGGAGGAGUCGGAGGGCAGCACCCCGGAGGAAAGGACGCCCGAGCGGCCGGGAGGACACGGCUCGGCUCCCCGCUUACUCAUCGGCUCGCUGCCCGCUCACCUGUCGCCGCACUUAUUCGGAGGUUUUAAGUGUCCUGUGUGCUCAAAGUUUGUUUCCACGGAUGAAAUGGAUUUGCACCUUGUCAUGUGUCUGACCAAACCAAGGGUGACCUAUAAUGAGGAUGUGCUAAGUAAAGAUACUGGAGAAUGUGCAAUAUGUCUUGAAGAACUGCAGCAGGGAGAUACCAUUGCACGCUUGCCUUGUUUAUGCAUCUACCAUAAAGGAUGUAUAGAUUCUUGGUUUGAAGUCAAUAGGUCUUGUCCUGAGCACCCAUCAGAUUAACAGAUGAACGAAACGGACUGUUGCUGUUCCUAUAAGGUUAUCCUGUCACUUCUGUGAAUGGAACAACUUGUUCAAGUAAACAGGGGCUGUGACUGAAUUCCCAAAGGCGAGGAGAUACUUAAGAGUACGAUGAUCGUUGCUGCUUCCUUAGACUGUUGAAUAGGAAAACUUACCUUACAGUUCUUUAUCAAUGAUGGCUACAGAUUCAAUGAUGCCACAAUAUUCAUCUCCUUCAGGGUGUUGUUUUGAAAUCCUCAUGGAUUGACUUUAUUGCCAUUUGGAUAUGGUGUGCCACACACUCACAUAUAUAAUAUAUAUUAUAUAUGUAUAAAAUAUAUAAUAUAUAUGAAGGACAUGUGCAGAGAUAAAAAGGUUUUUCUUUAUGUAUACAACCAAUGUUUAAUUUUAUGGUAAUUAGUUUGUGACUUUCGACCUUUUUUGAUUUGAAAGCACACACUGAUUAAUUUGUUCUUGUUAUUAAUUGUUUUCUACAUAUUUCUUUUGCACUGUAACUGUGCAGCCGUAGCCAUUUCUGAGAGAUGUGUGAUGGCUCAGCAUUUGAUGUUUUAUCUGAAAAUCUGGGACAGGAUGGUUAAAACCCUGUGAUGUAACUGGAACCCUCAGCCUAAUACAUUCAUACAUCCACACACACAUCCAUAUACACACACACACCAGUGAUGUUCCGGUCUAGUUUUAAGGUGACACAUGGAAAAGCAGAUUUCAACCUGGAUGAAUUUUAGCCCUGUCUUUUACCGGCACUUUGCACACCAUCUAUACAGAAGUGUUGUCAUUGUGGAUCAGGUACCUUCAUCUGGAUCAGGCUGUGAUUAAGGACAACUGGAAUGAGCAAGCCUGAAGAAGUUUAUUAAGUGAGCUUGCAAGGACUGAGUGAUCUGUGAAUUAACAUUCAAUCCUUGGGACCAGACUUUGGAAUCAGUCCAGAAUGAUAAGAUUGACUCUCCUCUUUACACUGGCAUUCUGGAGCUGGUAUAUAGACCAAUCUGCUGGAAGGGUUCUUGACACGGCCUCUAAUGAGCGUGAGUUUGCAAUACAAUAUUGACUGCAUUCCAGCACACUUGCUUGUAAAAGGAUCCUGCAGGAAAUGCUAAUAUCUCAUUGGUAUAAGAAGGGAUCAGUCUUCUGUGGUUGGAGUUUGGGCACAUUAUUGGAGAAUCUACUUCGUGACAUUGGAAGAACUUGAUGCUAACUGAGUGUGCCAAAAGCAGGAAGAUGUUUCAUCAUUCUCCAUCCAUUAGCCAAAAAGGAAAAAAAAAAUCAAAGGUGCACUUGCAUAUAUGGCAAAAUCUUCCCUUGUUAUCUGGGAACCACAAAGUCUGCACAAUAAACAAAUGUCUGAACUGGGUAAUUGUUAGCAACUGAUACUGUUGCCAGAAACCUUGUAAACUUAGCUCUGCCUUUAGGGGUGACUAUGUCUCCACCUCUGAGAGGAAGAUGAGAUAUUAUCACAAAUAAAUCAACAUUAAAAAAAUCAAUAAAUUGACUA